AUGUCCCCAAAUAUGCAGAAACAGCAUCCUCAAUCCGUUCAUGGAGAGAGUCACGAAAGAAAAUACGGUGCUUUUCAGAACGAAAUCUAUAGAGAUGGCAUGUUUGCCAAUACGGUCCCAACUGUGACCACCGACCCCAACAAACUCGAGGAACAAGCACGCUCUAAGCUUGCAUCCACAUCAUACAACUAUGUAGCAGGAGGAGCCGGUGAAAAAGCCACUAUGGAUGCCAACAGGCUCGCGUUUAGACAAUGGAAGAUGGUACCUCGAAUGUUGCGUCCCACUACCAAGCGAGAUCUCCGUGUCAAUCUCUUUGGCCAGGAAUAUGAUAGUCCCAUCCUCAUGGCUCCAGUUGGUGUUCAACAGAUCUUCCAUGAAGACAAGGAGACUGGUCUCUCGGAAGUUUGUGCGGAGAUUGGCGUACCUUACAUUUUGAGCACCGCUUCGUCUUCAUCCAUCGAAGAAGUAGCCGAAUCUAACGGCCCCGGUGGCCACCGCUGGUAUCAACUUUACUGGCCUCAAGAUGACGAAAUCACCCUCUCCCUCCUCAAACGCGCAAAGGACUCCGGCUACAAAGUCCUCGUCGUAACUCUCGAUACUUGGGCUUUAGCCUGGAGACCCGCUGAUCUUGAUGGAGGUUAUGUCCCUUUCAUGAAAGGUGUCGGUGACAAAACUGGCUUCACUGACCCUGUCUUCCGCCGAAAGUUCAACGAAAAAUACAAUGCCACUCCAGAGGAGAAGCUUUUUGAGGCUUCCCAGGAAUGGGUUGGUGAUGUCUUCUCCGGUGCUGCGCAUACCUGGGAUCAAAUCAAACUCUUGAAAGAUAAUUGGGAUGGACCCAUUGUUCUGAAAGGCAUCCAACAUCCAGACGAUGCAUUGGAAGCCGUCAAAGCCGGGGUCGACGGCAUCAUUGUUAGUAACCACGGCGGUCGUCAACUCGACGGUGCUGUUGGCUCUCUAGAAAUGUUACCUGAGAUUGUCGAUGCUGUUGGUGACAAACUGACAGUCUUGUUCGAUAGUGGCAUCCGCACUGGUGUGGAUGUUAUUAAAGCCCUCAGUCUAGGUGCCAAGGCCGUUCUAAUAGGAAGACCUGCUAUCUAUGGAUUAGCAAUAGGUGGAAAACAGGGAGCCAAACAGGUCUUGCAAGGGAUUUUGGCGGAUGUGGAUCAAAGCAUGGGAUUGGCGGGUAUUCAAGAUAUCAAGGGAUGCAAUCGUUCGAUGAUUAGAAGGGUGCAGUAUGGAGGGGAUGUUAAGGCCAAUAAUUAA